GGUGAUUCAGUUCAACCCUUGAUACCUUUACGGGUUCUACAUCUACCCAUUGACUCCUCUUGCGGGCUCCAUCUCACUGAUCAUUACUCUACUCGACAAAAUCAAAACAAUCCCCGCAUCCUGCACCCUUCUCCACCAUGGGUGUUGAAUCUUCUGCCAGCCACGGGGAGCACAUCACCCCUGCUGUGGCUCCCCAACAACAGUCCAGCCAAGAGUCGCUUGGCUAUGAAAAGCCUAUGGAGCAUGGGGUUGACACUCCCGUCCCUCGCGUGACCCUGCGGUCCUUUGUCCUGACCAUGUUUGUCUCUAUGGGAGGUCUUCUCUUCGGUUACGAUACCGGUCAGAUUGCUGGUUUCGAGCAGGAGGACGACUACCUCCGUCGGUACGGUAUGCAGAAGGCGGACGGCACUUGGUAUCUCAGCAAUGUUCGCUCUGGUCUCCUGACCAGUCUGUUGUCUAUUGGUACCUUGAUUGGUUCGCUAGUCGCUGCUCCCAUCGCCAACCGUAUUGGUCGCAAGUGGUCGAUCACUAUCUGGUGUGUCAUCCUCAUCAUCGGCUUGAUAGUGCAGAUCACGGCUCCCUCCGGUAACUGGGUCCAGAUGGUCAUGGCCCGUUGGACCACUGGUCUGGGUGUGGGUGGUUGCUCCCUGCUCGUUCCCAUGUACCAGGGUGAGAGUGCUCCUCGCCAUAUCCGUGGUGCCAUGAUCAGUUGUUACCAGCUGUUUGUCACCCUGGGCAUCUUCCUGGCCUACCUGAUCAACCUGGGCACGCACACGCUGGACGGUAGUGCUCAGUGGCGUAUCACUCUCGGUAUCACCUUCGUUUUCGCUAUCGCCCUUGGUGUUGGUAUGGCCUUCUUCCCCGAAACGCCUCGUUUCGCUUAUCGCCACGGCCGUGUCGAGGAGGCUCGUCGCACCAUGUCCAAGCUGUACGGUGUCCCCGAGAACCACCGGGUCAUCCUGAACGAGUUGGAUGAGAUCCGGGCUCAGCUCGAGGCCGAGAACGUCAACCAGAAGUGGUACGAGUUCCUCACUGCGCCUCGCAUGUUCUACCGGAUCUGCUUGGGUAUGACUCUGCAGGCGCUUCAGCAGCUGACCGGUGCCAACUACUUCUUCUACUACGGUACUACUAUCUUCAAGGGCGCUGGUAUCUCCGACAGCUUCAUCACUCAGGUCAUUCUGGGGGCGGUCAACUUCGGAACCACCUUCGGUGGAUUGUACAUUGUCGAGAACUUUGGUCGCCGCAAGUGCAUGAUGGUUGGUGCUGGGUUCAUGUUCGUGUGCUUCAUGAUCUUUGCCUCUAUCGGUCACUUCAUGCUUGAUGUGCAAGAACCUGAGAACACUCCCAAUGUUGGUAAGGGUAUGAUUGUCGUCACAUGUUUCUUCAUUGCUGCCUACGCUAUGACCUGGGGUCCCAUGGUCUGGGCCAUUGUUGCCGAGCUCUACCCCGGCAAGUACCGUGCCCAAGGGAUGGCGCUCGCUACUGCAUCCAACUGGCUCUGGAACUUCCUGAUCAGUUUCUUCACCCCGUUCAUCACCAGUGCCAUCGACUUUGCCUACGGGUACGUCUUCGCCGGCUGUCUGCUGUUCGCUAUCUUUGUGAUCUACUUUUUCGUCAUCGAGGGCAAGGGCCGUACCCUGGAAGAGCUGGACUGGAUGUACGUCAACAAGGUCAAGCCCUGGAACAGCAGCAACUUCGAGAUGCCCGAACUUCACUCGGCCGAGUACUUCCAGGAAGAGGAGCGUCAUCGCAAGGAGUCCCGCUCCUAUCACGCGGAGAAUGCUUAGGGGGUGAUGCAGUGCCAGAUUUGAAAAU